UGUAAUGUUUGAGUCAUGGACCAGGCUUUCUUUCAUCAGGUGCAGUGUUUAUUGUGCAUGCGUGGACCAUUGCGCAAUCGCGCGGUCAGACACGUCGCAGUCGAUCCAGACGAGGCCGCCAAGACGACGAGUGAGGAAGGGAAACGCUCGUUUAUGCUAAACCGAUCGGGCCGAUUGAAGGUGUUGGCAGAUGCGCAAGCUGUGGUUUCUGUGCGUCUUGUCGGCGGCGUGACGCAUGUAGCUCGUUCGAGUGCCUCGGCCUCCUACCAUUGGUUGCUGCCUUUACGCUUGAGGAAGCCUGUCCAAACAAGCAUGUCUGGAUCCCAAAGGAAAAGGACGCGCGUGGACAAUGCUGUCUCACUAGAUGGACCUGCCACAAAACGCAUGACACUCUGCUCACCAGCCCCAUUCAGCGAUGAGCCUACGGCGGUGGCGGAGCGAGAGAGGUGUGACUACACUAUCAAGAUUACAAAGGAAAUGGCAGCAUCAGGCCAGGCGCCUCGGCCAAUUAGGGUGUAUGCCGAUGGUAUCUACGAUUUGUUCCACCAAGGCCAUGCAAGGCAACUAAUGCAAGCGAAAUCCGCCUUCCCAGAUGUCUAUCUCAUUGUUGGCGUGAACAGUGAUCAUCUCACGCACACAAUGAAAGGAAGGACAGUGAUGAAUGAUGCUGAACGGUAUGAAGCUGUGCGCCACUGUCGAUAUGUUGACGAGGUUCUGAGGGACGCACCCUGGGUGAUAGAUGAUGCUUUUCUUCAGAAGAACAAGAUUGACUUUGUGGCGCAUGAUGAGAUUCCCUACUGUAUGGGCAAUGAAGAGGAUGUGUACAAGUUUAUCAAAGAGAAAGGCAUGUUUCUCGCCACACAAAGGACAGAUGGAAUCUCUACGUCAGACCUAGUUGCAAGGAUUGUCAAAGACUACGAUGUGUAUGUCAGACGAAACCUCGCCAGGGGUUACUCUGCUAGAGACAUGAAUGUCUCCUUUUUGAAUGAGAAAAAGUUCCUGCUUCAGAACAAGAUGGAUGAGUUAAAAGAUAAAAGCAAACAGUUGGUGGAGAAUUUUGAAGGGAAAAGGCAUGAACUCAUCCAGAAGUGGGAAGAGAAGUCAAGGGAAUUCAUCUUUAACUUCCUGGAGCUCUUUGGCAGGGAAGGAAGGCUGAACCACCUCUGGAACGAAGGAAAAGACAGGCUGAAGAAUGCCUUGUCUCCUGGAAGCAGCCCGCCCCGAAGCCCAUCUCCGGCUUACCUGAAUGAGAGCAUGGGCUCGCCCCCCAUGAAGACGGUGCGCCUUGGAAAGGGUGCGACCGCCUUCUGUCAUGACUUCUCUGAAGAUGAGGAGGACGAAGACGAACCAGAACUGCACACCGAUGAAGCGAGAGACUUGGCUGCGCUUAUCAGAGCUUAGGAGUUUUUUUAAUGGCAGAUGGCCUUGAGGUUUUUGAAAAUUGUGUGCUGUUAAUGAUUUUCCUUGCACUGGCAAUCUGUGCCUGCUGGCAGAGCAGGACGUGUUGUGGAUGGGAGGCCCGCACUGCCAGCCCUUCUUUUCUGGAAAAGAAGGUGUGUGCGAAAGUGGAGGCCUGCUAAAAUGGAUGCUCAUUUUUUGUCUUCCUGCUGAGUGCCGGUGAAGUGAGCUUUUACCACUGCCUCUACCAUUGUCUAUCUUGUGGUACAGAAGUGGACACUGCGCCAACUUUCAUUUCUAGACAGGAAGUGAAAAUGGCAGGGGCAUGUGCCAUUUUUUUUGUAGGGUGAAUGACGAGUGUAGGCUGGUAAAAAGUGUAUCCUGAAGGCUGGCAGAGUAUUUCGACAACUGGCCUUGCUGUCGAUGUUUGGACAAGCUGAUUUUUUUUUUACACGUGCAGAAACAAGAUAAAGCACUUCCAGUUUUUUUGUUUCCCAAAGUUAGUUUGUUAAUAUAUUGGCAAGGUGCAGGGCUUCAGCCAAUGUCCAUUGUAUUUAUGCUUCUGGCUGUAUUGCUGCUGUAACCAUCCACGUAGGCUACAAGGAGCUGCUCCUGUGUUACAUUGCCUCUGGGCGUUGAGCUGUGAAUCGCCUGUGUGUUCAUGGUCUGCAUGCAUUAUUUAUGUUUGCCUGGGUGUGAAAAAGGCUUGUUAUAAACAAAAGACCUUUUUUAUUAGGUUCUUAAUGUUUUUAGUUCUUCAGUUAUAAUAUAUAAGAAAAAUUUGUGUUGAAUCACGUUUUGUGAUUCCAUGUUUAUGAAUGUGCUAGUGUGUUGGCAGUGUAUGUGUGAAAUGUACACAGCAAUCCUUGCUUCAUUUUUCCUGACAGAUGUCUUGAUUGAAGAGUGGGAAAGGAGGUGUGUGAGGUCUUUUCUGCUAUGGGCCUAAGGCUGACAUGAUGCAGGAGCACUAUGUGACAGGCUUUCUGGUUCUGAGGAACAGAAGCUGAAUUCAAUGCUGCAGAUGUCGUCUUGGACCUCUUCGGUCCUUUCUUAAUGUUUGUGUUCUUGCAAUCAAAACGGAAGAAAAUAUGCAUGCCGAGAUUUAGCUUCACAUCAUGGAAUUUCAUGUGGUUAGAUUUAAUCCCGACUUGCUAGAGCAUGUCGUGCAGCUUGAGAAUUUCACACCACGAUAGCUCAGUGGCUAUGGCAUUGCACUGCUAAGCAUGAGGCCGCAGGUUCUAUACUUGGCCACUGUGGUGGCCAGAUUCCAACUAGGGCAGAAUGCAAGAAAGCUUGUGUAUCGUGCUUUGUGUGUGCGUUAAAGAACCCUGAGGUGGUAAAAAUUAGUCCGGGCUAUCUGCUGCUUCAACCGUAGCUAGAGUUCUGCAUUUUUGGAUUGAUCGAGUAAAGUUCAAAAAACACUCUCCGGUAAAGAAAUUGGUGAUUCAGGUGUAGUCGAAAAACUCAAUUUUAUGGGCCUUAGUUAUGAUCACAUGACGGUGCUGUGACAACAGUUCCAGGGGACGAUUGUGAGAAGCUGGAAACAUUCGUUGUGAAAACCAAACUCCUUCCACAAUCUGGACUACAAACACAUUCCUAAAGAAAAAUUAAAAUGAAUUGCCCUCGGUAAUCAGUGAACUAAAAGAAGUUGUGUAGAAACCAUCGACGAUGAUUGUCAACGUAAUCAAAUAGCAAAAUGCCUUGCUUUGUUAAAGCAAUAAUGUGCUUGAUAACAUAUGUCUUUGCAUUAAGGAUGUAUAUGUAGUGCUUGUUAUUUCAUUGUGUAAUUCUGUAGAGAACAGAGCCGUGGACCAGCACAUCCCUAGUGGCAGUAUAGGUGGACAGCACAUGUGUCUCAAAGAGCUAUGACAGUUGGUGUUUGGCAAUGGAUGCACUCUGAGAGGUUGUGCUCCAUGUGCGUUUUUGCCUUUGUUCCAACUUCCGACCAGCAACCUCCAACUGCCAGCCUGUGAUCACGAAAAUGGUCAAAAAAGGCCAAGGAAAGCUACUCUUAAAACUGAGAGCAGAGUCUUUUGCAUAAUGGGUGCAGUGUGCUUGCCAUUCACCUGCAGGCUCCGCUAAGUCUGUGGGAUAAGUCGUCUGCUACCUCAUUCGUGCGGACAUCGACUGCUUGCUGAACAUUGUAGAUAAGUAGAAGUACUGUGAAGUCAUUAAUAGCUGUGAGUUUAUGCUGCUGUUGCAAAAAAGUGGAGUCGUGCAGUUCGGUGAAACAUUCCUGCUUUGCACUGCUCUAGUGAGUCGUUCUUGCACCACACUCAGGUCGUGAGCACCAAAUGUUGAAGGCGAAACUGCCAGCAGCAUUUGACAUGCAUGAGCAUUUGUUUUCUGCCCUUUCGCCACAGUGGCGCGACAUUACCUUGCAGGCAAGCGAGUCGGCACAUACUGUUGAAGAAAUCUGGAGAAAUUUUCUGGAGGAUGCAUUACUGGCCUGUUUGUUAUGCACUGUGCUAGAUUUACAGCUUUCUACUGCUAAAUGUUGGAAGGGUUUUUUAAUUUAUUUCUAUAGAUCACAAAGAUCGUGCCACAAUAAUGGAUUUCAGUAGUUGUAAAUAUGGAUGAUAUAUUACACAAAAUUGCAACUAUGAUAAAUCCUUGUGCAAUUGAAAGUGUUGACUUUAAUCUUAAGAAAUGUUCCUGUGGGAUACUGUUCUUAUUUUUUUUUCAAUCAAGGUUGUUUUUUACGUAUUGGCACAACCAAAAGUUGGAUAUAAUGGUAAACAUGGUGAAAAACGUAAAUUCCAACACACUGUAAAAAGAAAGCCUUGAUGAACUAAGAUAUUUUUAUUGAAAAAAAUAAAUUUAAAAAAAUGCUCCGACUUUGCCCCGAAAUAAACUGAAAAUGCAGAACCCUACUUGUAGCCCAUUGUAUAGCUUCAGGGUGUUAAACAAAAAUAUUAAUUCUUGCUGAUCUUACUCUGUGUUAAAGGGGAAGUGUUGGUAAUGGGUCACACAGUGUUUACUGUACAUGCAAAUGAUGAUUGUUGAACAGAAGGAUGGCUGAAUGCAAAUGAUUGUUGCUGAAUGAUGACUAAGAGUGUGUGUACUGAAGUAUCAUGCCUCUUUUAAUUGCAGUGAUAACGAUAGCCCUUAGGUCAAAUUUUAGUUCUCAUGCCUUAACAUUAGAACCUCUUUUAACCUUGCAUGUACACAGCUCGAGAGUGGCAUAGAUUUUUACUUCUGCUUUUGAAAAUUGCAAGGAAGUCUUUGGGAGGCAGUUCGUCAUAAUAGUAAACAUGAGACGCACACACAGGACAAAUGGCAUCUUUUCUUGCUGACUCUUGCAUAACUUCAUCCUCUUUGAUGAAGUUGUAAGAUGUGUGCUACAAUGGUCUUCAGGCAUGUUUGCGCAUUUGGCACUGCCUGAUCAUUUUUUUAAGUGUUGGGCUCCAAUAUGAACUACUGCGUGCAUGGUCUUGCUAUGUGCGUUUUUAGGACAGUUUUUUUUUUAUUAGCUACAGUAGUUGCAUGUUCAUGCAGUUGCAAACAGUGUGCCUUUAAAAACAAUAUGACUGCAUAGUGUCACAUUGUUUCCAGCUAUUCUGGCAAAAUAAUAUAUUCACAAGUACAAUGUCUGCAUUUGUGUACAUUCACUUUCUGUAAUCUGUGUUUUGUCUUUCUGUGAAACGUAAGUUUUGAGUGCAAUAGUCUCUUGCGAGCAGCAGUGUUCACACCGUAAAUCUCUUUGCUCUCUAUAGGGUAUGCAUACAUGACUAGGCAAGGCAUCUUUGUAAAGCUUUUGUGGCACAUUUGGUGACCAAAGCAUUUUUUUUUGUGAUGCAUUUUAGAACGUUGAGCUUCAUUGUGCACGUGUGCACAAUAUUUAGUCACAACAGCUAUUUAUAUUGGGGGCAUUGGAUGUGGUUGAGAUUCCUUUUUUUGUUGUUCUUUUUGUCACUUCAAGAAUUCUUUUUAGAAUACAUGAUGAUGUUCUGUGCAACAAAACUUGGAAUUAGAAUUGCUGCAGAAUGUCUAUGUUGAAUUAUUAUAAAUAAAAAGCAUUGCACAAAAGA